AAAGAAAACACGUGGAAAUAAGAGAUAGAGAUAAAGAGAGAGAGAGAGAGAGAGAGAAAGAGAAGGAUCGCCAAGUGUAAGACUCCUUGACCUACCCUAGCAGCACUUGACCUGACCCCAGCCUGCUAGACACCAUGGGACACCGCUGGCUGCAUGUCACUCUGGCACUGGCACUCCUCGCCUUGGCACAGGGUUACUACUACUACGAGUGCACCUUGCCACAGAAUGCGUGUCCCCCAGGGCCCCCAGGACCGCCGGGACCGAAGGGUUACUCUGGCCCGCCAGGGCAGCAGGGCACGCCAGGCCUGAGAGGACCGCAGGGGCAGAGGGGCGACGCGUUUAACGGCAUGCCGGGUAGGCAGGGACCUCAGGGCCUCCCCGGCAGGGAUGGCAGAGAUGGAAUGCCGGGACAGCAAGGAGACCCCUGCACCAACUCCACCUUCUUUUAGAAAUCAGCAGCAGCAGCAGCAGCAGACAGACCUAGGAGGCACGACCACCGCAGCAGUACACACGAGGACCCUGAGGACACUGAUCAUCCUGAAGAUCUCACGGACCCUGAUGUCCAUGAGAGGCCUGAGUGCAGCGCCCCUCUCCCAUACUGUCCUUGCCUCAAUAAAGACACCCCUGCACCAACA